CGACCCCCCUCCCUAGACGGUUGUCUUUUCCCUCUUCCCGUUACCUCUCGGCUGGGUUGUGUGACGGGAAAGGCUCGGCGGGUUGAGGUUGAGUGACUGCUGCGAGUCCUGAGAGGAAGGGGCCGAUGCGGAAGAGAUGAAUCGGACAAAAGUUGAUGAGGAAGAGUACUGGCACAGCUCCAAGUUCAAGGCUUUCACGUUUGAUGAUGAUGAUGAUGAUGAACUCUCCCAGUUGAAGGAGUCCAAACGGGCAGUGAACAGCCUUCGGGACAUUGUGGAUGAUGAUGACGAUGACCUGGAGAGGGUCAGCUGGAGUGGAGAACCUGUGGGGAGCAUCUCUUGGUCCAUCAAAGAGACAGCUUCCAGUGGUGGCCCCACCCUUGAGGGACGUGAGCCCCUAAAGACUCGAAACAGCUUGUCGUCAUAUCCUCCACUUCCCAAGCCUGCCUCCUCCUACUCUUUGAGCAGCUUCUUCAAAGGAAGAAGCAGAAUUGGGAGUUUCCAGUCCCUUUCAGAUGCUCUCUCAGAUGUACCUCCUAAAAACUAUGCUCCAGAACUGCGAAGACCUAAGGGUGAAUACAAGGAUUACAGCAGUGACUGGAGCCUCAGUGACACAGUCAGGCGUCUGCAGAAGGGUAAGGUCUGCUCCCUAGAGAGGUUCCGUUCCUUACAGGACAAGCUCCAACUUCUGGAAGAAGCAGUGUCUAUUCAUGAUGGGAACGUCAUUACUGCUGUUUUGAUCUUCCUCAAGAGGACCCUGAGCAAAGAGAUCCUUUUUCGAGAGCUCGAAGUGCGACAGGUUGCCCUGAGACAUCUCAUUCACUUUCUUAAGGAGAUAGGUGAUCAGAAGAUGCUACUGGACCUUUUCAGGUACCUGGACAGAACAGAAGAACUUGCACUAUCCCAGUACCAAGAACAUUUAAGCAUCCAGGACCCUGAGAAACGGAAAGAAUUUCUCAAGAGUUGCAUUGGUUUACCAUUUUCAGUGGAAGAUGCUGCUCAUGUUCAAGACCAUUAUACACUCCUGGAACGACAGAUCAUCAUUGAGGUGAAUGACCGACAUCUAGAAUCUUCAGGGCAGACAGAAAUCUUCCGGAAACAUCCAAGAAAGGCCUCCAUCCUCAACAUGCCGCUGGUGACAACUCUCUUCUACUCCUGCUUCUACCACUACACAGAGCCUGAGGGAACAUUUAGCAGUCCCAUCAAUCUGAAAAAAACUUUUAAGAUUCCUGAUAAGCAGUAUGUACUGACAGCGCUGGCUGCCCGUGCCAAACUCCGAGCAUGGCAGGAUGUGGAUGCCCUCUUCACCACUAAGAAUUGGCUGGGGUACACCAAGAAGAGAGCUCCCAUUGGCUUCCACCGGGUUGUGGAAAUUCUGCACAAGAACACUGCCCCCGUACAGGUCUUACAGGAGUAUAUCCGACUUGUGGAAGAUGUGGACACAAAGCUGAAUCUGGCUACCAAAUUUAAGUGCCAUGAUGUUGUCAUUGAAACAUAUCGGGAUCUGAAGGAUCGGCAGCAGUUACUAGCUUACAGGUGUAAGGUGGAUAAAGCGUCUGCAGAAGAGGAGAAGAUUGACAGCAUUCUCAGUAGUACGCAAAUUCGAUGGAAGAACUAAUUGGAAAAUAGUGAACCAAGGAACCUUCCUGUUUGCCCUCUUCCUGUCCCCCAAAGAGGAGUGGGGAACUCUUCCAGGGAGAGGUACUGUAAGCCACAUCAUUUGGGCCUAUCACCAAAAGGCAGAGCCUGUGCCUGGGACAGAUCAGCACUUAGACCAGAACAUCUUCAAACUGAGCCUCACACCAGAGGACACAUGAUGGCUGAAUCUUAAAGCUGUGAUUUGUGAGACCCUACUGACUAGGUGCUUUUGUGAAGGUCGAGAGGGAGGCAUUUUCAAAUUUGUGACUCUGAGGGCUCAUUCUUGCUUUAACUGAGAUGAUUGCUUCAGAAAAGAGGUGCCCUGGACUGAGUGUCAGUCAUCAUGGAGCUGGAAGCUUUCUUGUCAGCUGGUGGUGGAACUGAAUUUGGUUGGACAGUGACUAUUCCAAGUCAAAAGGCAAAGACCAGAUGCCUCUACAUCACAGAAGCAGAACGAGGGCGCUGAAGAUUUGCAGGGAAUACGACAAUGAUGACCAAUUCACGUUCAUUUUUACCAUGCCCUUUGAAGUAGUUUUUCCAGCAAGUGUUCCUCUGCUACACCACCUCACCUACUGUCCCAAGAGAUUGUGGUAGCUUUCUCUUGCACACUGAGGGUCCUUCUUAUGCUGGUGAUGAGAGCAGAUCCCCAUUAUUUCUUCUUCUCCUACCCCAGACCUAAGGCUUUGUUUAGAAGUCAGAUGUAGCACCUUCCAAUUUCCAGCAAUGCUGGGAAAUACUCUCUUUGGUUUCUCUAUCCUUUAUUGGGAGCUGUAGGUAGAUCUAUCUGGGAUAGACCCAGACUUGGUCCUGCCUCUGAUCUACCAUGGAUUGUGAUGGGGGGGGUCAUUUUUUUCACCCUUGGUUUUCACAGGGGCAUCCUACAAUGCUUGAUUAUUGCUCUGCACCAAGCAUAGUUUCCUCUCACUCCUGUCAGAGCUCUUAAUAAAGCUGUUUCUCUGCCUCCCUA